AUGCCGAAAAUCAUCUCAAAAAGUAUAGUUUGUUCUGAUUCAUCAAAAGAAAGAGAUGAUUUUAAGCAUGAAUAUGAGGAAGAGCGACUUAAGACAUUCUUCUGCCUGUGUGGACAGCUUUCAUUGAUUCUAUCGGAACCAGAGAAAACAUCUGACAAGAAUAUAUCGAUUUUAGAGAAACUGCCGUUAAGGAAGGAAGAUGGAGCUAGAGUGCUUGAUUCCACAAAAAUAGCAUACAAAAUCACAUGCAACUUGGAUAAUCCAGACAAGAUUUACAUCAAGCGAACGAAAGGAAUUGAAAUGCAGAAGAGAUUCAACUGCAAAAAGUGCAAACUUCCACUUUUCUAUACAUUUGAUAAUCCAGCAGUGACAUUCAUCAUUGCAAAAUCAUUAAGAGCUAAAAAUGAUGCACAAGAUGCAAAGAACAUUGUUCCACAACAAAAGAAAGUUUUUGUCAAGAAGCAGAUUAAGAAUCUUGGAAAGUUCAGCAGCGUGACUGUAUCGACAAUUGAGGAAGAAAAUGAUGAAAUUACUGAAAAGGAAAUAGCCGAGUCGUUUGCUAUGAAUGCAAAGAUUAUUGAGAAACAGCUUGAAAGAAGGAAACAAAAGGCAAAGGAUCAAGGAGAAGAGGAAGUUGUUAAAGUCAAGAAACACCGAGGAACUUUGUUAUAA